AUGUCGCCUUUCAAUCUCGAAACUUGUGCCAGGCCUAACAUCCUCGCAUUGGAGCCCUACCGAUGCGCGCGAGAUGACUACAAGGAUGAUGGCACAAAUGUCCUCCUGGAUGCCAACGAGAAUGCCUUUGGGCCGUCGCUGCCGAAGUCAGUCACAGCAAACGGCGCUGCAGCUGCGGCAUCGGGCAACCCGGAGAUAGAUCUUUUGGGCCUGCACAGAUACCCAGACCCCCACCAGCACGAGCUGAAGCAACUGUUGUGCAAUCUUCGCAAUACUCACCACCACACUCCUAAGGCGAUCGGGCCCGAGAACCUCUUUGUGGGCGUGGGCAGCGAUGAGGCCAUCGACGCUCUGCUGCGCUGUUUCUGCAAGCCCGCACAGGACCGUAUCCUGGUCUGCCCGCCAACGUACGGCAUGUAUUCGGUGUCUGCGCAGGUCAAUGACGUGAGCCUCGUCAAGGUGCCCUUGCUGCCGGCCCCGACGUUUGGUCUCGACGUGGAGAAGAUCAUCGAAACGCUGUCCUCGGAGCAGAACAUCAAGCUUGCCUACUUCUGCUCGCCAGGAAACCCCACAGGAUCACUACUCGCCAAAGAGGACAUCCGGAGAGUUCUGGAGCACCCGACAUGGAACGGUGUGGUAGUCGUCGACGAGGCUUACAUUGACUUCUCGCCCGAAGGCUCCUCGUUGGCUGAGUGGGUAGCUGAGUGGCCGAACCUCGUCGUUAUGCAGACUCUGUCCAAGGCGUUCGGCAUGGCUGGUAUCCGACUAGGUGCUGCCUUCACAUCGCCCCCGAUCGCCCGGCUGCUGAACAGUCUUAAGGCACCAUACAACAUCUCCAGCCCUACGAGCGCGCUGGCUACCUACGCAGUGUCUGCCAACGGUCUCACCACGAUGAGGGGCAACCUAGAGAAGAUCGUUGUGCAGCGAAACAGGCUGAUUGAGGAGAUGCCCAAGAUCAAGGGUGUGGGGCGUCUCAGGGGUGGCCAGGAGAGCAACUUCCUCCUCUUCGAGAUCCUGAACCAGGCAGGACAGCCGGAUAACGUGGCAGCGCUCGCCGUCUACGAGUCCUUGGCCGAGAGCAAGGGAGUUGUAGUACGAUUCCGCGGUAAGGAGCACGGCUGCUUAGGCUGCUUGAGGAUCACGGUUGGCACAGAGGAGGAAGUCACAAGAUUUCUGGCGGCGCUUGAAAAAUCGCUAGCCGAGUUCUACGGUGCCCAGAAGAUCCACGGCACCGAAGCUUCUGUACCAGCCGACGAGGCUCAGCGUGAGGCAGACGCAAGCGGCAUUGUGGCAUAG